GCGUGCUCGGAAACUUCGAGUCCUCAGUCUUUGUUUUGGUACGAUACUCCCACCAUCACCUCUCCGCUGCGUAGCUUUAUACGAUAUUAUAAUAUUCUCUCGCCGAGACUCGUUUAUAGCUCUCUUAACAACACACCAAACGUUACACACGUUACCAGUUUCACCCCAGUAGCUGUGAAAAACGCUGGCCAACAAAUAUGAAUAAUAAAAGUCCCGCUAACUCGAUUUUCGACGGUUUCAAAAAUAAUGCGAUGUCCAAGUUGGGCGUCACAAAACUACUCUCUCAAAGUUUUUUCACAUAGGGCAGAUAACAGCAAUAAGAAGAACGUUUCAUAACGUUUGUUACUUCAAACCAUGUAUGGACUCCCCUCUUGGAAAAAUUUAAGUUUUCGGGUUUCGGGUCCAAAACAAUAUUAAUCAACAAUAUUUUAGUGUUGAACUGCAUCGAAAUGUCAAUCAUUUGUGUUGCCGAGCUAAAACUACGUCAUUUAUUAGUUACUUCGACUCGCCAAACUUUGGCGGUGGAUCGUCUUCGAAGCCCGGGCAUGCUGCUAGUGCUGAUGAUGUGUCAGCGGCUGCGAGCAGCCACCAUCACCACGGCGGAUCUUCGUCCACGGCCAGUGCCACUGAGCACUUGCUGCACAAGGACAUAGCAGCAGUGGCACAAGGAGGAUGGAAUGUGACAAAGUCACUGAUGAAUGUCAAAGCCGAUGAAGACCACGAUCGUUGCCAAUCUCUGAUCGAGUUGAACAAAGAGCCACCGGCCGUGCCAUCAGAAAAGGUUGGCCAAAUAAAUUUUGGACUCGAAUACGACUACCAGCAAAACACGUUGAUCCUGCGCAUAAUUGCGGCCAAAGACUUACCGGCGAUGGACUUGAGUGGCACGUCCGACCCAUAUGUUCGGGUGACAUUGUUGCCAGACAAAAAGCACCGACUGGACACGAAAGUGAAACGCCGAACCCUAAACCCACGCUGGAACGAGACACUCUAUUUUCAGGGUUUUACAAUGCAAAAGUUGCACAAUCGGACUCUUCACUUGCACGUGUUUGAUUACGAUCGGUUCUCCAGAGACGAUUCUAUUGGCGAGACAUACAUUGAGUUGAACAACGUUGACUUUACUGCAAAACCGGUAUUUUGGAAAGAUCUCACAGCGCCGUUGAAGGAUAAGUGCGGCCAUUUGUUAACGUCAUUGUCUUACAAUCCAAUGACUAACAAUUUGACACUCGGUAUCAUUGAGGCCAGAAACCUCAAGGCUAUGGACAUAAAUGGAAAAUCUGAUCCGUACGUAAAAGUGUGGCUGCACGUGGGUGACAAAAAGGUGGAGAAGCGCAAGAGCAUGGUUUUUAAAUGCAAUUUAAAUCCAAUUUUUGACGAGAAAUUUGAGUACACGUUGCCGGUGGAACAGCUUAGGGAAGCGGCUUUGGAGGUGAUGGUCAUGGAUUUUGACAACAUUGGUCGUAACGAACUUAUCGGCAAGAUAACAAUAUCAUCUAACAAAAAUGCGACUGGACAGCUGGAGGCACAGCACUGGAAGGAUAUGCUAAGCAAACCAAAGCAGAGCGUGGAAUACUGGCACCGAUUGAAACCUGAAUAAUUUAUUUAUUAUCGAUAUUAUUGAUAUUAUUAUUAUUAUAACUAUAAUAUUAUAAUAAGGCGAGUGUGUUAUAAAGUUUUUAUUCAAAUUUAUUUGUUUUAUUUUUAGUUUUUUUAAAAUAAUAUUAUAUUAUACCGUAAGAAUAAUGGAACAAAAAAUAAUAAUACAUAAUAUUUAUUACAAUAAUAUUUUUCUGCAUUUGAUAAAAUUAUAUAUGAUAUAUAUUAUAUAUCAUAUAAUAAUAAUAUUAUUAACAAAUAUUCAAAAACUAGAUAAGGGAAAUCAUAUUAUAUAAUUAUUUUUGUUUUCAACGAAUAAUAAUAUUAAUAACGGAAAUAAUAUACAAUAUAUAGCGUUAUUAUUAAUUUUAAGUGUGAAAAAAAAACAAACAAUACAAAACAAAAACAAAAAACGACAAUGUUCGACAAUGUAUAUCUAGUUACGUUGUUGUAUAUUAUUGUCGCUACCGACAAAAUUAGGUAAAAAUUGUUGAAGCACCAAAACGUAGUUUAGAUGAAUAAUCGAUAAGUUAUGUACUUAUGAUGUUAUUAUACCGAUUUAUAUAUCUACAUAUUUUAUGUAACUGCAUACGUAUAUAAAUAAUAAAAUAUAUACCUAAUAUAAAAUGGAGUGAUUGUUCUUUUAACAGUGAACACUCAUUAUUUUGUAAAGUUUAAUUUGAUGUAUUUUUAAAAUAUUUGUAUUUACAUAAUUUUAAUUCAUUACGAAACAACGUUUUUGAAAAUAGAAUGAUAUUUGUUUAUUAUUUUUAUCGUUAGGUAUCAUUGUUUAAGUAUUUCAAUUUAUUUUAAUGAUAACAUACAUUUUAGUUUCACAUUCUGAAACAUUUUUCUGAGCAUUUUGAUUUACGAAAUUCGAAUAUAUUAGACAAAUUGUCUUGUUUUCGAAUAUUAAAUCAAAAUAGUUACGACAAAAGACGGUAAUAAAAAAAUAUUUGUUUAUCAAAAACUUUUUUUCAUAGUGAAUUCGAAUGUUGGAAAAAAUAAACAUUUUUAAAACCUUAAUACUUUAACAAUACUUUUUGAGGUGACGAGUGUUAACUGUAAACGAUAAUCACUCGGCAUAUGUACUUUUAUUGUGUGACAGCGCGUGUGUUAUAUGUUUAUGUUUAUGUGUAAGUGUGUGUUUGUAUAUUAUCGUAGCGUUGAUUUUUAUUUUAACUUUAGUCUUUUUAAUAUAUAAUACAAUAUUAUAAUUAUAACAAUUAUUAUUAUUAUUAUUAUUAUUAUUAUAAAAAUUAUUAAAAUUAUUAUUAUUUUAAUUAUAAAGAUUAUUAUUAUUAUUAUAAUUAUUAUUACGAUUAUGAUUAUUAUUAUAUUUAUGGUUAUUAUUAUAAAUUAUCAUUAUUCAUCAGUCUUGUAUACACGAUUGAUGUUUUAUGACCACAUGCAUAAAUGUCGCCUGCCAAUAACAAUACGUGAUAUAUAGACUCAAAAAAUACUUGGGUUGUUCGUUAUUUA